AUGCGGCUCGAGUGGGCGUCCCUGCUGCUGCUGCUGCUGCUGUGCGCCUCCUGCCUGUCCCUGACCGCUGACAGCCCCACCACGGCACCUGCCCAGGAUAAAACAAGGCAGCCUUGGGCUGCGGCAGCGGCAGCCCAGUCGAGCCAGCCGCAGGGGGAGGAGACGCAGGAGCUGGACCAUCUGAACCUGCUGGCCAGGCAGCGCAGGAGCAGCGGGCUGGUGCAGAAUAUAGACCAACUCUACUCUGGAGGUGGCAAGGUGGGCUACUUUGUGUAUGUGGGCGGCCGGAGGUUCCUGCUGGAUCUGGAGAGGGAUGACUCAGUGGUCACCACUGGUGGCAUCCUUACCGCAGGAGGCGGACUGCGUGCAUCAUCUAGCCACCGGGGUCACUGCUUCUACCGGGGCACCGUGGAUGGCAGCCCUAGAUCCCUAGCUGUCUUUGACCUCUGCGGGGGUCUCGAUGGCUUCUUCGCGGUCAAGCACGCGCGCUACACUCUGAAGCCGCUCCUGCGUUCCUGGGCAGAGGCGGAGGCCAGACGAGUGUACGGGGAUGGGUCUUCACGCGUCCUGCACAUCUACACCCGAGAGGGCUUCAGCUUCGAAGCCCUGCCACCACGCGCCAGCUGUGAGACUCCCGCGUCCCCACUUAGGCCUCAAGAGCGCCCCUCGGUGCACAGUAGUUCUAGGCGACGCACAGCUCUGGCCCCGCAGCUCCUAGACCAGUCAACUUUCUCACCCGCUGAGGAUGCAGUUCCUCAGACUUGGUGGAGGCGGAGGCGCCGUUCCAUCUCUAGGGCCCGCCAGGUGGAGCUCCUUUUGGUGGCUGACUCCUCCAUGGCGAGGAUGUAUGGCCGGGGCCUGCAACAUUACCUGCUGACCCUAGCUUCCAUCGCCAACCGGCUGUACAGUCAUGCUAGCAUCGAGAACCACAUCCGCCUGGCCGUGGUGAAGGUGGUGGUGCUGGCCGACAAGGACAAGAGUCUGGAGGUGAGCAAGAAUGCGGCCACGACCCUCAAGAACUUUUGCAAGUGGCAGCACCAGCACAAUCAGCUAGGCGAUGACCAUGAGGAGCACUACGACGCAGCUAUCCUGUUCACCCGAGAGGAUUUAUGUGGGCAUCAUUCAUGUGACACCCUGGGAAUGGCAGACGUUGGGACCAUAUGUUCUCCGGAGCGCAGCUGUGCUGUGAUUGAAGAUGACGGCCUCCAUGCAGCUUUCACGGUGGCUCAUGAAAUUGGACAUUUACUUGGCCUCUCCCAUGAUGAUUCCAAAUUCUGUGAAGAGAAUUUUGGUUCCACAGAGGACAAGCGUUUAAUGUCUUCAAUCCUCACCAGCAUUGAUGCAUCCAAGCCUUGGUCUAAAUGCACUUCAGCCACCAUUACAGAAUUCCUGGAUGAUGGUCAUGGUAACUGCUUGCUCGAUCUACCACGGAAGCAGAUUCUGGGUCCUGAGGAACUCCCAGGACAGACCUAUGAUGCCACCCAGCAAUGCAACUUGACAUUUGGGCCUGAAUAUUCUGUGUGCCCUGGCAUGGAUGUCUGUGCCCGGCUGUGGUGUGCUGUGGUGCGCCAAGGCCAAAUGGUGUGCCUGACCAAGAAGCUGCCUGCAGUGGAGGGGACGCCCUGUGGGAAGGGCAGAAUCUGCCUGCAGGGCAAAUGUGUGGACAAAACUAAGAAAAAAUAUUACUCAACAUCCAGCCAUGGAAACUGGGGAUCUUGGGGUCCCUGGGGCCAGUGUUCUCGCUCAUGUGGGGGAGGAGUACAGUUUGCCUACCGCCAUUGCAACAACCCUGCACCUCGAAACAGUGGCCGCUACUGCACAGGAAAGAGGGCCAUAUACCGCUCUUGCAAUGUCACACCCUGCCCACCUAACGGUAAAUCUUUUCGUCAUGAACAGUGUGCGGCCAAGAACGGCCACCAGUCUGACGCAAAGGGACUCAAAACAUUCGUGGAGUGGGUUCCCAAGUAUGCUGGUGUCCUGCCAGGAGAUGUGUGCAAACUCACCUGCAGAGCCAAGGGCACUGGCUACUAUGUGGUCUUUUCUCCAAAGGUCACAGAUGGGACUGAAUGUCGGCCAUACAGCAAUUCUGUGUGUGUCCGAGGAAGGUGCGUAAGAACUGGUUGUGAUGGCAUCAUUGGCUCAAAGCUGCAGUAUGACAAGUGCGGAGUGUGUGGAGGAGACAACUCCAGUUGUACAAAGGUUAUCGGAACCUUCAAUAAAAAAAGUAAGGGUUACACAGAUGUUGUGAGGAUCCCUGAAGGAGCAACUCACAUAAAAGUCAGACAAUUCAAAGCCAAAGACCAGACUAGAUUCACUGCUUAUUUAGCCCUAAAGAAGAAAAAUGGCGAGUACCUUAUCAAUGGCAAGUACAUGAUUUCCACUUCAGAGACUAUCAUUGACAUCAACGGUACAGUCAUGAACUACAGUGGGUGGAGCCAGCGAGAUGAUUUUUUGCAUGGGAUGGGCUAUUCAGCCACAAAAGAAAUUCUGAUUGUACAGAUUCUUGCAACAGACCCAACUAAAGCAUUAGAUGUCCGUUACAGUUUUUUUGUUCCUAAGAAGUCCACUCAAAAAGCAAACUCUGUCAUUAGCCAUGGUAGUAACAAAGUGGGGUCACACACUCCACAGCUGCAGUGGGUGACAGGCCCAUGGCUGGCCUGCUCUAGGACCUGUGACACAGGCUGGCACACCAGGACGGUGCAGUGCCAGGAUGGAAACCGGAAAUUAGCAAAGGGAUGCCUUCUCUCUCAGAGGCCCUCUGCAUUUAAGCAAUGUUUGCUGAAGAAAUGUUAGCCUGUGGUUUGUUCUCAUGCACAAAGAUAACUGGAGGAUCAUCGUAGAUAUACUUGUGUUUGAAGACAAGGCCUGCCCAAGGCAUAGAAAGAAGUGUCUCAGAGUCAUUUUCACCAGGAGUCGAAUUAUGGGCAGAAUCUGCUCUCUGCGACCAAAACAUGUACACUACUUCAUGUCAUGGAUACAGAAAACGUGGGAGGUAUGGAACAUCCCUGGGCCUAUGCAAAGGAGACACACCAUGAUGAAUGUAGAACCGAGGACAGUCGAAGAUGACAGAGAAGUUUUGUCACCUACCUCUUAUAGAAUGUCUUCAGAGGCAUCGUGAUCAUGUUCAGUCAUGAUACACAGCUUACUUUUACUGUUUGUAAAUGCAUCACCCUUGGA